CGCACUUGGACAGGAUUUCGGACGUGCCUCCACCACGCGAGCAACGUCCGUUUUCCGUCACGCUUCACCCUGUCCGCACUGACAGCACCGUCCGCUAGCCGCCGUUGCCGCUCCACCCGCCGCCCUGCGCCCAGCCUGUACCAUGCGGGCCGCCGCGCCGCAGCAUGCCCAUAGCGCGUCCGGAGAACCUGCCGGAAGAGCUGUGGCCGCAGCCGUCCACGUCGACCGCGUGCCUUGAAAACAACAACCCGGGCCCGUCCACCUCCAAGGCAGCUCCCGCCGAGGGCAACGCUGCUGCUUCCUCGUCCAAAGUCGUUCGCGUCGCCGAACCAGGCUCGGUCGCGCAGGUGGACGAUGAACGGGUCUCGGGAGCCGACGCCUCGACUGGCGGACAGUCGACCGAAGGCAAUGGCGACGGGAAGAGCUGCGGUGCCGUGGCCGCCGCGGUGCUCCGGUGCCCGCGGCCGCGCCAGUACCGCUCCAAGUCGGCGGUGUCGACGGACCCCAGGAGUCCCUACUACAUCAGCCAGGGCAUCCAGAACAACGAGGCCGUGCGGCGGUCGCCCAGCGUCUCGUGCGUGCUGGACGCCAUCAGGCGCGAGACCCAGGAGGGAGGCGACGUCCCGGGCGUGUCCAAGGCCGCGCUCGAGAAGCCCAGCGUUUCGACCAUCCGGCAGCACUACUAUCCGGAGGGCGGCUGGGGUUGGGUGGUGUGCGCAUGCGCGCUGCUGGUGCACAUGCUCACGCACGGCUUGCAGGGCGCCUACGGACUGCUCCUGAUCGUCAUCCGGCAACAGUUCCACGGCGACGACGAAGCCUACACCUUGCACGCAGGUACGGCAUUCGCGCUUUGUCUCAACUUGGAGCUAUAUACCCCGCUGCUGGGAUUCGCAUCGUAUUGA